AUGGCUCGUGAGAUUCUCAAGCCGGCUCGCCUAGUAUCGAUUGAGGAAAAAAUUUUAAAACUUGAAACUAUUCACAAUCAGGACCUGAUACAUCGAGAUAUUCAUAGUGGAAAUAUAUUAUUUUUUAAAAAUAAUGAAUCAUCAUAUCAAUGGCAAAUUGGAGAUCUGGGAUUAUCACAACCUGCAAAUAAUACUUCAUUAAAUAAUGAAAUAUAUGGGGUAAUUCCUUAUAUUGCACCAGAAAUAUUUAAUGGUGCUCCAUUUACAAAAGCUUCUGAUGAGCAAUUUAAACAAGCUGAUGUAAAUCGUUUAAAACUAAUCAAUUCAAGAGAACUUGGUCCUGAAUUGUCUGUAAUGCAUCCAAAUGCUGUUUUUACAAGUAGAUCCUUGCCUUUAAUUUCUAGUUUAUCAUCUAUAAAUUCAUUAAAUAUUCAACAAGAUGAUGAAUUUGAGAUAUUAAUGCAAGAAGUAAAUAACAAAGAAUACGAAUUCGAUAUAGAUACUCAAAGGUUAUUAAUGAAUGUUUCUACAUCUCAAAAUUCUUCGAUUACUCAACAUCCAAGCAAAUCAAUUGGUGCACUUAUUUCAACAGAAAAUUCUUCAAGAAAACGAAAAAUUAAAGAAUUAGAAACUAAACUUCAAGUUGAUAGUAAGUAA